CUACUAACAUCCUACCUCCGCAUGGCUAACUUCGAUGAUGCUGGUCUUUAUUAUCAGGAGAGGUUCUUCGCUAACGAUGGAGUUCCUGAUGCGGGGCGUGAAAUGAUUGCAGAAUAUCGACAAAUAUGUGAGCAAUUCAGACGGUUUAUUAGAGAAUUCUCCACAGGUGGUAUUGGAGGACUAUAUUAUCGCGAUGAAUUAAAGAGAAACUACAAUGCUAAGCACUACUUCCUUGAAGUCAAUAUGACUCAUCUAAAACAAUUUGAUGAAGAUGCCGAAGCAAAGCUCCGCACACACCCAGGAAAAUUCCUUCCUGCGUUUGAAGAAGCUGCUCGCACGGUAGCUGAUGAACUCACAGCUCCUCGACCUGAAGGGGAAGAGGAAAUGAAGGAUAUCCAGAUCUCUUUGACACUGGACGAGUAUCCCACUUCAAUUCGUAGAGUCAAGAGUGCUCAAGUCUCACAAAUUGUCAAGAUUUGUGGUAUUAUUGUUGCUGCAUCUCAGGUUCGUGCGAAAGCCACCAAAAUAACCCUGCAGUGUCGAACCUGUCGUCAUACUAUCAGUGAUCAAGCAUUAAAGCCUGGCCUGGAAGGUUUUCAACUUCCAAGGACAUGCGGAGCGCCUCAGUCUGGACAACUUCAGCGGUGCCCCGUUGACCCUUAUCACAUAGUGCCUGAUAAGUGUCAUUGUGUUGAUUAUCAAACUUUGAAGCUGCAAGAAAAUCCUGAAGACGUACCA